AUGCGAGUCGUCGCUGCGGCGAGGUUACGCCGGGCACAGGAAAAUAUUGUAGCCACCCGUCCCUUCGCCGAAAAAUUCAAUACAAUCCUAGGACACCUUAUCGCUCAGAUCGAAAAUCCGUCCCAUCCCUUGCUGGAAUCGCGUGAACUUAAGCGCGUUUGCCUAAUCUCAGUCUCCGCAGACCGUGGGCUAUGUGGUAGUUUUAACAGCAACGUAAUCCGAACAACGACGCAGCGGGCACAACAUUACCAAGCACAGGGAGCGGAAGUGACGGUCAUCUGUGUCGGCAGGCGCACCCGAGACUAUUUCGCACGGCGCGAUUAUAACGUUAUCGCUGAGUAUGUGAAUAUCUUUCGGCAACUAGCAUUUGAAACCGCUGUCGAAAUUGUGGAGGAGUUUGAACAUCUAUAUAGGGACAAGCAGGUCGACAGGGUGGAAGUGAUUUAUAACGAUUUCAAAUCCGCGAUUCUGCAAGUAGUUUUGGUCGAGCAACUGCUGCCACUUACCCCUGAAGUACCAACCGGCGAUGAACUCUUCCUCGAUUAUCUAUAUGAGCCAGAACAAGAGGCGAUUUUUCAGUCCGUGUUGGCAAAACAUCUGAAUAUGCAGAUGUGGAAGGUUCUGUUGGACUCCAACGCCGCAGAGCAAGCGGCGCGGAUGGCGGCGAUGGAAAAUGCAACGCGCAACGCCAAUGAACUUAUUGAUGAUUUAAUUCUUCAGCGUAACCGCGCUCGCCAGACCCAGAUUACCACAGAGAUUUCUGAGAUUGUGAGCGGUGCGGCGGCUUUGGAAGGUUAA